AUGAUAGUGUGCCAACAAGGCUCUUCAGCAACCGAACGAUUCUUCCUACCCAUCUAUUUCCAAGGUGUCGUUGGGACGACAGUCGCCAGUUCGGGCAUAUAUUUUCUUCCCACCACUAUCGGCAUACCACUGUUUGCUGCUGUUGGCGGUGUUCUCCUCGGCAAAUUCGGCGCCUACUGGCCGAUACAUGCAACAGCGUUCGCAUUAUCGGUUAUUGGCUACGGACUCUUCACGAUCCUCGAUUACCGCACACCAAAAGUGGCGUGGGCGUUCUUCCAACUCAUCGCUUCGGCAGGACUCGGCCCUACGCUACCGGUAUCUACAACCCUCCCGGCAAUCUUGGCCGUUUUGCCAGAGCCAGACGUAGCAUCUGCAACGGCAGUGUUCUCCUCUAUCAAAACAUACGGUUUUACUUGGGGCGUGACGACUGCUUCUAUCAUCUUCAAUGCAGUCCUCGACAACAACCUGUCUUCCAUUGAGUCUCCCGCAUUGCGAAACCAGCUGGCAAGCGGCGGUGCUUAUUCUUUCGCCAGUCGAGCUUCGGAUGGUACUGGCAUGAUAGACGAUACCACUUUGGGCGAGGUGAGGGCAGUAUACACGAGGAGCCUCAACGCUGUCUGGUGGUUUGGCCUGGGUAUCAGCAUUUCUAGUCUUGUCGUUGUUCUUUGCUUCGUCACCAUUCGUCCCGAAUUCCAGAAGCUCUCGGACACCAUCGAAGAAAUGGAUGCCACAGAAGCUAUCGAAGCGCUCCGACGUGCUCUGCCGGAUGCUCGCUUUGCCCAGCACGGCUCUCCGGAUUACGACGAGCUCAACCACUUCUACCAAUCCGGACUCUGCUCCGACAUCACCCCGGCUUGCAUCGUCCAGCCGGCGACCGUCGAGGAAGUCGCGACGUUCGUCAAGACCAUCAAACCGUUCUCGCUGAGUGGCAGAGCUCCCUUUGCCAUUGUUGGCCGCGGCCAGCAGCCGGACGGCAUCACACUGUCCUUGCAGCGACUCAAGGGCAUCGAUGUCAAGGAUGGUGUGGUCCAAGUGGGUGCUGGCGAGACCUGGGGCCCUGUAUAUGACAAGCUUGGCGAAGCCGGCUUGGGUUUCUCAGGGGGCCGGUCCUAUCGGUCGGGCAUUGGGGGACUGGCCUUGGCAGGUGGUCUGUCGUUCGUUUCGUCGCGUGAAGGCUUCAUCUCAGACAACGUCCUCAAUUCUGAGGUGGUUCUCGCCUCCGGAUCCAUCGUGAAUGCCAACGCGCGCGAGAACCCGGACCUCUGGGUCGCGCUGCGCGGGGGCGGGAACAAUCUGGGCGUCGUGACGCGCUUCGACUUCCCUCUGGUGGCCGAGCUGCGGAAGCCGGAUGCCUCUAAGGAGACGCAUUUGAUGGUCAGUAUUGGCUACACGGCUAUGAUGGGCCCGCAGAUGAUGUGCUUGAACCAGGUCGACUGCACCCAAGGAAUCGACAAAUCCCCCGUCUUGCAGCCCUUCACAGACAUCCAACCGCAAAUCGAGCGCAUGAACUCCGUACGCAUGCACAGUCUAGCGGAGGCAGCCCGAGAGCAAGCAGGAGACAGACCCUCCCCAUCCAGGUCCCUCUACAUGAACACAACCGUCAAAGCCAACGUAGCGACGCUAAAGGCCGCGACCAAGAUCUAUUCGGCGGCCAUCGAGCCGCUGAAGUCAUGCAAGGACAUCCUACUCUUCCUGACGCUACAGCCCUACCCCCUCUCCCUCCUCCAGAAAUCAACUACGCAGGGUGGCAACGUCUUGGGCCUGGAGCCCGAGCUCGGCCCGCUCGUGAGCAUCCUCUUCCUCACGUUUUGGGAGAGUAAGGAAGACCACGAGAUGAUUGAGGGGGUACUGAGGGAGGCGCUGGAGGCGAUUGAUAGGGAUGCGAAGGCGAAGGGCACGGCGGUCCCGUUUAAGUAUUUGAAUUAUGCGGCGGGUUUCCAGCAUCCGGUUGCGUCGUAUGGGGGUAUGGGUGUUGAGAGGCUGCACGCUGCUAGUCGUAGAUUUGACCCUGAUGGGCUGUUUCAGAAGGGUGUGCCUGGUGGUUGGAAGUUGCCUGCUCUCGCGUAUGAUUGCACGCCCGUCCGGACUUUAGUUACGAAGUGUUAG